AUGGCAGAGACUCCAAUCCUACCAGCCUCAUUCUUCUCUCCAUCUGUGUCUCUCCCCCCACCCACGCAGCUGCGGUGGUACAUGUGCGUCGUGGUAACGCUCUCCUCACUCAACUACCCCGAUGUAAUCCCCCAAGUCUACGCCCACCUCGACAGCGAGCUCCUAUCAACCCUCUCCCCAGAAGACCGCUUCAGCGCCGUACGCAAGCUUCGCGAGGGUCUAAUCAAGUCGACUGGUAUCGCCGGCGCCGCACGCACCGGCAACGCGAUGCGCACUCUCGCCAGGUGUAUCCCGGAAGAACUGCAGGAGAAGACGUCGCCGCGCUCGCAGGAGUCGGACACUGUCGCCCGCGAGCGAGGCAAGGCGUUUUGGUCGAGGAUUUAUGCGCGUAAUAAGGCGUUUGAUCCCGGGGCGUCGGUGCGGGCGAGUCCUGAUUAUGCGUUUGUUGUUAGAGAGGUGCUUUAUGCCCGCAUAUUCUCCUUUGAUGCUGUCAUUGACGAUUUGUUGACGGGGUAUAUUAUCGUCUCGGCGCUGUAUGGGAUGGAUUGUCCCAACCAGCUGCAGAACCAUAUGAAGGGGAUGUUGAUCAAUGGGGCUACCAAGGAGGACCUGGAGGAGCUUCGUGAUCUUUGUUUAGGGCUGGCAAAGAUACUGGGUGUGCGAUCUAGACAUCCUCCGCCGUUGAUCCCAGAGAAGCCGGAGGGGGAGACAAGUGGAUGA